UUGGUGAGUGAUUGAAACAGCAGCCAAUAGAGAGACUGGGCUGCCGAAGCCCGGUAAUGCUAUAGGCGGGACUAACGGAAUUUUUCCCAAUCUGUCAAAAUGGCUACACUUGCCCAUAUGUUGUUACAAUAUUACGCAUUCUGAUAUAACUGUGACCCACAUUGAACAUAUCCGUCGUCCAUCUGAGCAGUUUCGCUCGGCGACUUUCAGGAAUAUUUGGCAGAAAAUGCACUUGCGCAUGGAGAAGAAGUGGGUAACAGUGGGAGACACAUCCCUACGAAUAUUCAAGUGGGUGCCUGUGACAGACACUAAACAGAUAUACCGGAGCAAAUCCAUAACUGGAGAGGUUCGAGGUCUAAAAGAUGUGGUGUUGGAAAACUCCAGCUCUACCUUGGAUUUCCAAGAUGAAUGCAGCAACCAGAGUUUCCUGUCUGAUAUCUACCAGCCCAAAAUGGACAGCAGCAGCUCCAGCUCCCAGCAUGCCAGUGAGGCAGUCAGUCCUCUUCCCCACACCACAACCCUCCGCACGACCGAAGACGCUCAACCACCCAUGCUGGGCCAGGAGAGUGUGGACGAACCAUCCCAGCCAGCACAUGAAGUUGCUGAUGAGCCUCCAACAUUGAUCAAAGAGGACCUGGUUUUGCCCCUUGGUGUCCGAGUAAAAACUCCAUGCACAGAGGAAGAAGAGGGAUCAGGAGCCCCUCCACUGAAGAAAGUUUGCACUGAAAAAAAGGCUGUACUGAGAUAACUAGUUGAUUGGAUGGACAUGCAUGUAACCCAUGCACUAGCUUUAUUGAAGGCUUCAAAUUGGACAUACGAAUAACUGACAAAAUAAUAGAAUCACUUGAGUAAAUGAGGGAUACAAAGUAUAUUGAAAGCAGGUGCUUCCAUACAGGUGUGGUUCCUGAGUUAAUUAAGCAAUUAACAUCCCAUCAUGCUUAGGGUCAUGUAUAAAAAUGCUGGGGCAGGCCAUUACUUUGGCUACCAUAGUACUGUAUGACAACACCAAAUGAUGCAAUUUCUUGUGGCAGAAUGGAGUCGCCGCCCUCCGAUAGAGUUCCAGACACUUGUAGAAUCUAUGCCAAGGUGCAUUGAAGCAGUUCUGGCUCGUGGUGGCACAACGCCCUAUUAAGACACUUUAUGUUGGUGUUUACUUCAUUUUGGCAGUUAUUUGUAGAUAGAUUAUUAUAAAAUAUGCAUUUCUGUUAAUCAAGUUAUUACAAAUGGAAUACAUUUAAAAAGAACGUUGAGUUAAGUUAAUGUUUUAAUACAGUUUUAAGUUGUUUUUUAAAAAUACAAUUUUACUUUCUCAGCUUUGAAAAGGAAUCUUAAGCCGUUUAAUGCGUUACACUGUACAUAAAGUCGUGCUCACAGAAAGUGCCUAUCGCUCUGAAAUAUACACUAUUUAUUUUCUGUCACGCAAGUGACUCAUAUAUUAUGCUAUUUGUAUAAAUUGCACAGAUAUAAAUAAUUAUGGCCCCUAUUCAAUCAAAUCAGUUUGUUAAUCCUAAGGGAUGAAGUGGAGCACAUCUUAAUUCAUGUUCGGUUGAGUUUCUUUUGUUUCACACUGUUAGCGCUGUUUUGUUAAAUACAUUUAUCCAAGCAGCACAGGAAGUAUGAGGGGAAACUUAUUCCUGUCACUGGAUUUGAUUGAAUAUGGGCUGAAAUUUUUUAAAUCAUUUUUUUACGUUUGUACUUUGCUUUGCAAAUAAGAUUAGAAAACUGUUUGUCAUGUCUAUCCUUUUUGAUAUACUGUAUCUUGCUUGUUCCAUUUUCAUAGAGCAUUGAAAGUGAAUGGUGAACGACGUUGAAAGGUAGUUCAAGACCUUGGUGUAAAUACACUUGUAUUGCAAUUCAGAGAAUGUUUCUUAUGGUCAGGUGGGUCAUGCUCUCAAGUGCUUAUUUUUGUGCUGCAAAAGUGAUGCACAUGCUGGAAUAUACACUGCUCCAUAGUAAAAUAUGGUUGUAGAUAUUGUGUUUUCUGUUUGCAGUGUUUUGCAUCUUUUGACUCCCAUACUCUCAAAUAAUUGGCCAAAAUAUUUUUCACCAUAUAGGAUGACCACUUGACCUGGUUGCAUUUUAUCAACACUGUUUCAUGGAAAUUAUUGGAUUGCAAAUCCAUGGCCUGGGCUGUGGCUGACCAUAAAUCUCCAGACUUAGCACUGUGGGUUUUUAUCAAGUCCAUGAAAUAAACUCCUGACACCUGAUAGAGAUGAUAUAAUUAUUCUUGGUUGAAUGUUAAAAUCCAUGGGAAGUAAGUAACUCCUACCACUGUAGGACAUUUCAUUUCAGUAUAAAUUCUUGUGAAAAUGUGAUUUUAGUGUUUUCAUUAUUUGUAAAGAAUACUAUUUUCCUGUCAUACUAAACAUUUUCAUGAGAAAUACUCCAUUGCUUGUUAUUGAAUGUAAGGGAUAGUUCACUCAAAAUAAAACAAAGUGGAUUA